AUGAGAAAGUGGACUGUGGAGUCGCCCGGGUACACACAUGUAGCCUACAACAGCGGGAUCAGCGCUUGCGGGAAUGGCGAGCAGUGGCAGUGGGCUCUGGUGCUUCACAGCGAGAUCUGGGCGGCGAGGUUGGAUCCCAACGCCGUGAGCUACAGUGCUGCGGUCAGCGCGUGCGAUAAAAGCCAGCAGUGGCAACGAGCUGUGGCACUUCUCGGAGACAUGUGGGAGGCGAAGUUGGAGCCUGAGAUCGUCAGCUAUAGCGCUGGGAUCAGCUCGUGCGUGAAAGGCCAGCAGUGGCAGCGUGCCCUGACACUGUUCAGCGAGAUGCGGGAAGCGAACCUUGAGCCCAAUGUCGUGAGCUACAGCAUUGGGAUCCGCGCUUGCGAGCAAGGCGGGCAGUGGCAGCAGGCCAUGGCGCUGCUCAGCGAGAUGCGGGAAACGAAGUUGGAGCCCGACGUCGCUUUCAACACCGCAGUCUCCGCGUGCGAGAAGUGCCGCCAGUGGCGGCACGCGCUGUACUUGCUCGACGAGGUGAGCAGGGCGAAGUUGGAGGCCGACGUUAUCUCUACGGCGCCGCGGUGA